GACAUGACCGAGACAGCACCCGCCGAAACGGCUCCUCCAGCCGCACCCGCCGCCACAAAGAAGACUCCCAAGAAGAAGGCGGCUGCCCGGAGCAAACCAACCGGUCCCUCGCUGGGCGAACAGAUCGAUAAGAUCGUGGCGGGUUGUCACGAUAGGAAGGGUAUGUCCGGUGCGGCUAUCAUGAAGGCUCUGGCCGACAGCGGUGUCGAUGUGGCGAAACGUCGCCACCAGGUCAAAAUGAGCAUCAAGAGGAAAGUGGAAAGCGGCUCCUUGGUUCAGGCCAAGGGCUCGGGUAUUUCGGGAUCCUUUAAAUCCGGUAAAGGGAAAACUGCCGUGAAGGUGGUGAAGAAAGCGAACAAGCCAGCGGCAAAGAAAUCUCCCGACAAGAAGCUUGGCGCCAAGAAACCAGUGGCUAAAAAAGCAGGAGGUAAGAAACCCGUGGCUAAAAAAGCGGGAGCAAAGAAACCAGCGGCUAAGAAAGCGGCAGUAAAGAAAGCAGCGGCUAAGAAAGCGGCAGCAAAGAAACCCGCGGCUAAGAAAGCGGCGCCGAAGCCCAAGAGCCCCAAUAAAGCCGCAGCCCCGAAGACGAAGGCGGCCAAGAAGCCGAAGUCGAAACCCGCGAAACCCAAGAAGACAGCAGUCAAAAAGUGA